UAUACAAUCGGUAAAACGAUUAGACAAGAAGAUUACUCUGUAAUCAAAGAAGCUCAACAUAUAGAGACUAAGAAAACUUAUGCCGUAGAAGUCGUUAGCAAAAAAUUCCUACAAAAUCGAACACACAUUAUUCGUAAUGAAAUUUCUGCUUUGAAAAAAAUCUCUCAGGGCCACAGAAAUAUAUUAUCGCUACACGACUAUUUUGAGACUGAAAAUAAUCUAUAUCUAGUCACCGAUUUGACACUUGAUGGCGGGCUUCUUGAACGCAUCUAUGAAGAUGGUGGUUAUUUUGAACAUGAUGCAGUUAAUAUUGCUAAAAAUAUAACAGAAGCUAUUGCAUAUUUACAUGAUUAUGGUGUUAUUCAUAGAGAAAACAUCCUUUUCAGAACGAUUGAUAAUAAUUCUGAAUUAGUUAUUACUGGCUUUGGGUUAUCUCAAAUUAUUGAUCCUGAAAAAUUUGAUGUUCUUACUACUAUAUGCGUUAAUCCUGCUUAUGUGGCACCUGAAGUUCUUAAAGAGCUUGAUCAUGGUAAACCAGUAGAUAUGUGGGCUAUAGGUGUAAUCACUUACUUUUUACUAAGUGGCAACAUUCCUUUUGGGGAUGGUGAAUUGAUGGCUAUUAUUCAAGCUGAUUAUAGUUUCGAACCUCAAGAAUGCUGGGAAAGAAUAUCUGAAAGAGCAAAAGAUUUUAUUAGUAAAUUAUUAAAUGUUGAUCCUGAUAGCCGUUUAACUGCUCAUCAAGCACUUAAUCAUUCCUGGUUUUGUGAACCUUUACCUAGUCAAAUUGAUGAUCCACCUCGUCGCUUUAAUGCUCAUAGAAUUUUCAAAAAAGCUGUUAAUACUAUUAGAAUAGUCAACGAUCUCUCUCAUGCAAAUAGUUCGAAUAUUGUUAAUUUAUUAGAAGAGUCUAGAAAGGAUGCGGAUGAAAAUGUUGUUGACAUACUAUUUAUUGAAUAA